CAGUGAGCUCCAACUGAAGACACAGAAAACGAUGACGUUUUCGCCCGACAAAGAAAACCAACACUCAUCACCAUCCCAAUCGAGCUGGUUCAAGAGCAAGAAAGCCUUCAACAAUGUCCUCUUCGCAAUGCGCCUCAACAAACAACCCCUCACCCCCAAAUCCCUCAACCAAAUCCCCCCGCCGCCGCCUUCUUCCCGCCGCGCAUCCAAGCUCCACCAUUUCCCCCCCACCGACCUCACCAUCGACAAAACCUCCCUCCUCUCCGACCAAAUCAUGCUCAACAUCCUCUCCAACCUCCCCAAAUCUCAACGAGAUUCCAAUUUCCUCGUCUCCAAACGGUGGCUCAAUCUCCAGGGCAGGCUCCUCACCUCUAUCAGGCUUCUCGAUUGGUACUUUCUCAUCUCCGGCAGAUUGCUUUCACGCUUCCCUAAUCUCCUCAAAAUCGAUUUGGUCAACGGCUGCAUCCUUUCGCCCCAGAAUUUGGGGGUUUCUGUCACAAACAACCACGUGUCCUUCCCCGGCGGCUCCGAUUGCUUCCACCGGAGAGACUGGUUUUCUCCGGAGAAUUACGCGCUGAGCGGCGAGGAAAUCGAUAGAGGGGUUAGGGUUUUAGCCGCCGGAUUCCCCAAUUUGACGAAAUUGGUGGUAAUGAACGCUACCGAGAUGGGGAUUCUCACCAUAGCUGAGGAGUGCCCUAAAUUGCGAGAGCUCGAGCUGCGUAUGUGCAGCGAUCGAGUUCUCCGAGGCAUUGCCGCGUGCCAGAAUCUGCAGAUUCUGCAGCUGAGUGGGAGCGUUUCCGAUGUUGGAUUGAUCAUCUUGGCGCAGGGGUGCAAGAAGCUCACAAAGCUCGAAUUGAGCGGAUGCAGAGGUGGAUACGAGGGCGUUAAGGCGAUCGGGCAAUGCUGCUCGAUGCUCGAUGAGCUCACGUUAACCAACCUCGACAUGGAGGAUGGCUGGAUGCUUGGUCUCCCCUUCUGCGAAAAUUUAACGAGUUUGAGGCUGGUUUCUUGCAAGCGAAUAACCAGUGGCGAUGACAGUGACAACAGCGAUGCUGGUCCGGACGAUGAUUUGGGACAUUGUCCGGUGAUCAAGAACUUGCGUCUCGAUAAAUGCCAGGAAGAGGAGUAAAUGGUGAAACAAAGAAGGAAGCUCGGAGGGUGAAAAGCUGUCCAGAAAGCUCUCAAAAUUGGCCACCCGGCCGGGUGAAUUUUAUGCCUAAUAAUUAACCCGGCCUGGUGUGAUGUUUAGAACGCGAAGAUUCCAGAAAGUGGUCAAAAUAAGGUACCCGGCCGGGUUAAUUUUCAGCUGUAAAAUAAACCCGGCCGGGUAGUUCAUUUUAACUGCUAUAUUGCAGUUUUGUGGCGGUUUGAAAAAUGUGUAAAGGGAACGGAUGGGACGUGACAAGAGAAAAAGGGAGAGUUGGCAGGAGGAUUAGAAAAAGAAAAAAGGUGAGGAGAGAGAGAUAGAUGUGACGUGAGGGAGCUUUAAUGAUACACCAAAAAAAUUGAGGAAAGAGGUGGCGGCGAAUUCAGAGUUUCUGCCAUCAUUCCGACGCUCCGUUUCAGAAUCUCAAUUCCACUCAACGAGAGCAAGCUUUCUACGGUUUUCAUUGCAUAUUUCACCAUGUUUCUAGGCUAAACUCUCUAUGUUGCUCCGAGUUGUAAUCUAGGCGUUGUAUGGAUGUUUUUACACCAUUGAUAUCAUAUGUUUGUGUCCAACAAUGUGCUCAAUAUUUAUUCACUUUGUUUUUGGCUAA